UUUGACUGGUCAAGUGGCACCAGCAGAUAAUGCCUGGGGAGCACGUGUCUGUGUCCUCUGCGAGGGGUUUCUGCAAGUGGCCUCCCACGCUGGGGGCACAGCUCCACUGCCUGCACCCCGGCCGUCCCUUAUCUCCCCUCGCAGACCUGCACCCUGACCUCACAUGAAACCAAGCCCUGUGCCUGGGCUGUGGAUAAAGAGCUGGCCAGGUGAUGGGACCCCCGUCUGCUGGCCUCCCUCCUCUCAUGGCGUGGCUCGUUCCUGCAGCUGGACUUGUUCGCAAGCACUCGGCCAAGACCAUGUACCAGCAUCUCCUUUUCCUUUUCUUCCUUUCCUUCCAUCCCCAUAAAUGCCAAGAUCAAAUCCUGGGUGAAGAUCCAUAUGAAAUGCCCAAAGACUACCAGGAGGUCUACAGCGGGACAAAAAAUGACAUCAAAGAGAUCCCCAAGACUGCAAAGCCCUUCAUUUCUGAGAUGAUUUUCAUGCACACCAGCAUCACUGCUGUAAGGAAAGGUGCCUUCAGGUACAUGCCCAACCUGAUCAAGAUUUUGUUUCUUGGCAACAAGAUCAAGACAGUUGAACCUGGAGCCUUUGAUGGUUUGGAGAAGCUGAGGGACUUGGAGAUAUCUGGUGCCUCAUUAGAAGAACUAGCUGUGGGCACUUUCCAAAACCUUCCAAGCUUGCAGAGGCUGGAGCUGAGAGACAGCCGCCUCAGAUACAUCCCCAAAGGCCUGUUUGAUGGGCUGGAAAAUUUGGGAGAGCUCUCACUGCACAUCAAUGCAAUCCCUUCUCUUCCAGAAGGCAUUUUUUAUUCUCUCAUCAAUCUAACGUUUUUGGACCUGGCUAGAAACAGGAUCACGACUCUUCCUGGGGAUGCCUUUAGCAAACUCUCCCAGCUGCAAGUCCUCCGUCUGUAUGAGAAUGAGUUGCAGGACCUCCCAGAGGGGCUGCUAGACAGUCAGCCUGGGCUGCUGGAGCUCAGCCUCCAGAGGAACAGGCUCAGGGCGCUGCCACCCAUGCUCCUGAGGAGUCUGUCUCACCUGGAGAAACUCCUCUUGGACAACAACCUCAUUGGGGUUCUCCCACCUCAAGGCUUUUUUGGUUUAAACAAAUUGAAGCUGUUGACUCUGGGUUCAAAUCGUAUUAUGGAGCUCCCCUGCUUCCUUUUUGAUACCAUGCCACACCUGCGGGAGCUAGACCUGAGCAGAAACAGUUUGGCCACACUUCCAGACAGCAUCUUUGUCAACCUUACAUCUCUUGGCAAACUCAUCUUGUCUCACAACCAGCUAGCAGCCCUACCAAGAGCAGUCUUCACUGGGCUCAGCAAGCUCUUGGACCUCCAGCUGGACACAAAUCAGCUCUCUGCUCUGGAUGACAAGGUCUUUGCUUCUCUCUCAAAUCUGAAAACCCUCAACCUUCGGAAGAACCAGCUGGAGAGUGUCCCCCGAGGUCUCCUGGACCCCCUGAAGAAGCUCAGCUCAGUGUAUCUCAGUGGGAACCCAUGGAGAUGUGACUGCAACCUCUGCUACCUGCACAGCUGGAUCCUGGGCAACAGUGAGAAGGUCAAAUUGUCCACCCAAGUGUCAUGCAAGAGUCCACCCCACCUGGCAGGGCAAGCAGUGACAUCGCUGAGGGAUGACCACUUAAUUUGCUCAGCUACUUUGCCUCUUUCAGCUUCUUUUACCCCAUCUCUGCCAUUCACAUCCACAACGUCACAAGGGAUGUCAACCUUGCUGUCACCUGCAGCCUUGCCCACUGCAGCACCAACCAUACUGUCAUCAGAAGCCUUUCCCAUCAUGGCACUGCCAACCACGCUGUCACCUGUGGCCACCACUGCCACAUUACCAGCCAUGCCAACGGAGGCCUCCUUCACUGCUCCAUCACCAACCAUGCCAUCUAAGGCCUUCAUCACCACCUCAUCACAAACUGAGCCGCUCAAGAACUCCGUCAUCACCACACCAUCAUCAACCACACUGCCAACGGCCUCCAUCACCACUCCAUCACCAACUGUGCUGCUGAAGGCCUCCAUCACCACCCCGUUGCCAGCUCUGCCACAGGAGGCCUUCAGCCUGUAUCCAACUCCAUCCACCAUAAGCCUACAGCCUUCUGGGGCCACCAGACCAGAGCCUGUACUGUCCACUCUAGCUUCUGCCACCACACCAGUGCCAACCAGCCUGCUGGCAGCCACCACCAGGCAAGUGCCUCCUGCUCUUCUGGUGCCCACGGAGAGGCCAGACACCAUCCCAUGGGGGACACCAAGCAUCUCCCUUGUCUCAGCCCCUCCCACGGCACUGCUGGCCUCGCACUCCCCAUUCCACCGUGCUCCUGCACCAGAUGGGGAGCGGGACCAUGCCAAUGUGUGGGGCUUGUCCACAGUUGGCACCCAGCCUGCUCCC